ACCCUACGCCCAACCCGGUUUUCCCAUCUCUCAUACUUUUUCUUCAUUUUUCAUGUUCAAAAUCUCUGCUUUUCUUCUGGAUGGAUGCAAACUCAGAUGCUGUUUCACCUGAAUUUUCUGAUUAUGUGUUUGGCCACAUGAGUAGCAUUUUGGCUGUUGGCCAAGCUGGACUUCCUCCUUCAUGUGCUUUAUGUCAUAGAUUGUUGAUAUCAGAUAACGAGGCUGGUGAGUUUGAAGCAAUAAAUAUAUGUGCUGAUUGUAAAUUUUUACUCCUGGAGGAUCUUGGGACACCCAUGCGAGAUUAUCAAAGGAGGACGCCUGUGUCGAGAAGAAGGUUGUACAGUAGUUCUGAGUCAAUUGAGAAUCUCUUUUCUCAACACUUCUCACAAAUGAUAAAUUUGGCAAGGCAAAACCCAGCCAAUGGUCUAGAGCAUGAUAAUCAAUCAAUAGAAGGAGAUGCUGGUUUAAGGUCAGUGCAGCACACCAGUUCUCGGACCACUCCAAGUGGGUCUAGGAGGUGGAGGAGGGUUCAUUCUGACACUGAAAGUGAUGGUGCUGAUUCUCUAUUUGGGGAGACUGAAUCAAAUGUCACCUUCAACGGGUAUAGGAACUUUAAUAGUGAAAUUGAGUCCAUUUCUUAUAGUGCUUAUGGAGGGAACUCUGAUGCUUCUGUUGAUGGUAAUAGUUACCUUGAUAAUGAUCAUUCUGCUCACUCAGAUGAAGGAAGUGACUUCGAAACUGAUACUGAUAUUGACCCAAUGGGUGCUGGUAUGUAUCACUGGGACUCCGAUAACGAGGAAGAAGAAGAAGAUGACAAUGAAUUGGAGGAGGUUGAUACUGAUGCGGUACACACUCUGGAUGCUAGAGCUCAACUUCAAAGGUCAUUACACCUUAAUGAAAGCAGUCACCCUGGAAAUUGGCCCAGACAGUUACGUUCUCCUGAGUUUCAGGCUACAGUUCGUUUCAGAAUUCCCGAGGGCAGUCGAAGACAUGUUACUGACAUGUCAGCCAACUCACAGGAGUUAGAACUGCGGACUGAUUCCAGUGACUAUCUUGAUGCUAGAACUUUCGAGGAGUUACUAGAGCAUCUCUCUGAAGCAGAUGGUUUAAGAAGAGGAGCACCACCUGCAGCUGUCUCUGUUUUAAAUCAUCUACCACGUUUG